CACCUGCACACACACACCUGCACACACACACCUGCACACACCUACAUACACCUGCACAUUUUUGCACAUUUCUGCACACGCCUGCACACACCUGCUGCCACACAUUUGGCUCCUGGCUUUCCCCCUUGGGCUUCCCCAGCCAUGGAGCAUCCUCCCGGGGACAGCGCAUCGCGGCUGGAUCUGCACGGGGCGCUGCACCUUCUGCUCCGGCGGGUCGUUGCAUUGUCGGCCGAUGUCGUCCCGAUCGACGGGGCAACCGACCCGGCACCGCUGUCGGUGCUGGCGCCGCCGGAGUACGAUGGGCACGAUGCCCCGAAGGCCGACAAGGCGGCCGACUUGGUGUUGGAUUACCUGCUGAUGCAGGAUGCCCCCUGGACGGACCGGCAGACGUUUGCCCGCUCGGUGCUGGCUUUCCUUUCGACGCUCCCCUGGCCGGCUCUGGGUCCGCACGUCCGCGCGGCCCUGCUCACUGUCCUGGGCGCGGCUCUCUUCCCGGGACCGGGGCAGCCGGCCGGGGCCGAGGCAUUUGAAAUGUGCAUGGGGGAAUUCCCGUUGCUGCUGGCGGAGGCCGCUUUCCGGGCCUUCCCCCGGGGGGGUCCCGUUGAGGCGUUGCUCGAUCGCGAGCCGCGCCGGUGCCAGGAUGACGAGUAUUUCGGCCUGCUGCGGGGAAUGCGGCGCCCGGACGCCUCGAUCGAGGGGGAGCACGGCCACGCGGGCGGCUGUCAGCUCACCGCGCAGGAUGAGCUGAAUCAGCAUCGGCUCCGCGAGGCGAAUGCCUAUGCCCAGGCCCAGGGCCUGGUGUUUUGGGACGACGAUGACGAGGAUGCCGAUGGUGCCGGGGCGGUCGACGGUGAUGUGGCCAUGGACCAUGGGCUUGGCGGCCUGACUGCGGGCAGCCUGCACGCGGAUUUGGUGGAUUUCUCUUUGUCCCUGGCCGAUACCGACCGGCCGGCCCUUUCGACCGAGGAGUUGUACCUGCCACGGCGGGUGGAUGCCAUGGAGCGGGCCGCGGCGCUCGGGGUGUUCCUGCGGGCGGUCGAGGCCUGCGCAGGCGAGGAACACGCGGGCAGCUCCCUCCUUCGAUGGCUCUCGGACCAUGUGCUGGAUGCCGGGAAUCUGGAGGAAGCCCUGGCCACCGAGCAUGGCGCGCACGCGUCGGAGGUGGGACGCGCGCUGCUGGCCGGCCUGCUGGCCCUGCCUGCCGAGAGCCCCCUGGGGGAGCGCUUUGUCCGGGGGUCGCCCGGCCGGGGGUGGCCCGGGGCGGAGGAGCUGCUGGGGCGCUGGCUGCAGGCCGGCGGCUCGGUGGCCACGUCGACGCUGGCGGCGCUGGCGGCCGUUGGCCGGGGGCGUCCCCUCUGUCGGAGCCGCUGUCCGGUGUUGGCGGGAGCCUUCCCGCGGGUGGUGCGGCUUGCGUGCCAAGGCACCGACCGGUUUUUGCGCCAGGCGGCGGUGGCCUGUUUGGGGGCAUUGCCCGGGUGCUGUCGGAGCCCCUUGCCGGCGCUCGGGGUCUCGCUGGCCCCGAUGUCCGGGCUGUUGGUGGCGUCGCCCGGCACGCCGGCGGCCCUGGAGGCCGUCAGCCAGCUGGCCGGCAGCCAGUUCGAUUGUGACUGCAAGCAGGACCGGGAGCAGGUCGCUGCUGGGGCUGGCCUGCCGACCGAGGCGGCGCCCAUGUGCGCGCACUGCGCGCUGGCCUGGUGCCGGGUGCUUGUGCAGCUGGUGCGCGCAGCUGGCGGGGCCCGUGUCGGUGCGGAGGCUCCGCUGUUUCCGGGGCCCGACACGGCGGCGGCCGCGGCGGCUGCCGGCCGGUGCCACGGCGGCGCACGGUCGGCCUACCUGGCCGCCUGGCAGGACUUGGCUCCCGGGCAGGCGGACCAGCGGACACAGCAGCACGCGGCCGUGGCCUUGGAGUGUGUGCUCCGUCGGCUGGAGGCCGGCGGCGUGGCAGCACUCCGGGCUGCUUGCCGGCUUGAGGACGCUCGCCCGGCCCUGCUGGCCACGGUGGCCGGCAUGGUUCUGGCCUUGCAAGUGAGCCAGUCGGCCGGGGUGACGGAUGCCCUGGCCCGGGCGAUCACCCGGGCAUGGGCCAUGGUCCGGCUUGCCAAUCGGGAGUGGGCGCUUUCCGGCCCGGACAGCCCUCGAGCGCGGGCCCUGGCGGCGCUCGGCUGCCGGGCGGCUCUGGGGACCGUGGCCGGGCUGUCCGGCUCGCGGGGGUCCGGCGCGGCCGACUCUCGGGCCCUUGUCAGUCUUUGGGAGCUGCUGGCGGCCCUGGGCCCCGGGCUGUGGGAUGCCCUGGCCGGGCAGCUGCUGGCGCCGGGUGACUCGUCGCCCGACAUGGAUGUCCCCCUGGAGAAGCAGCUCGAGCAGGUCCUCCACUCGAUGAGCCCGUGCAUGGGGCUGCCUCCCCUGGCCGAGACCGCGGGUCAGCUUGUUGACAACAUGCGAGCCGCCAAGUUCCACACCGCGUGGGAUGUACGGCAGUCGGCGGAUGGGGCGGCGCUGGCGCUGCUGUCCUGGGCACGGGGCCGCUUGGCACUCCGGCAGCCGGUGUCGGCGGUGCUGGGGCUGGUGGCCGGGGACCCGGCGGCUGGAACAUUCUUCGGCCUGGUGGCCGGCCAGUUGUGUCCCUCCCUGAGUCGGGUGGCCGAGUUGCAGCGGUUAUUUGGCCAGGGUGGCCAGGCCCUGGGCCGGGGAUUGGCACCGGCCGGGCUCGGAGCAGCCGGCGGCAGCGCCUCCCCCAGUGUGACCGCCCCGCCGGAGGGGGGAGGAGAGGCCGCCCCGGCGCCCGGGGCCACCUGGCCGGUAUCGGUGACCGGGGAUUCCGGCUCCUCGCGCGUGCUGGGCUUGCGGCUGGCGGUCGAGGCGGCGCAGCUGGCCCGAGCGGCGGCCGGCGGGUCGGCCGAAGCGCCGGCCCUCCUCCUGGCAGCGGCGGCCCUCGGCCCCUGGCUGGCGGAUGGUCCGGACCGGGUGCCUGGCUCGGCUCCCAGCCCGGCGGACGUGGAGCAUGCCCUCGGGCAUUGUUUGCUUUCGACGGCGUUGCAUGAUGGCGACGCGCCGGUCCGCCGGGCGGCCCUGCGGAAGAUGGCCGCCAGCCCGCCGGGCGGGUGGCCCCCCUUGCUCGGUGGGGCAGCCUGGCGGCCGCUGUUGGCCGACGCGAGCCGACGCGAGAACGAUGCAGAAUGCCGGGCCCUGCUGGCAGCUGUGCUUACGGCGGCGGCGGGGGCGGCGACGGGCCAGGAUGAUGGCCGGGACCCCCCUUGCGGGCGGGCCGACGCGGGGCUCGGGCCGGCGGCCGGGCCGGCGCCUGCCCUGCCCCCCCUGGCCGGCCUCCGCCAGCGGGCUGUCGACCUGGUGGCCGCCUUCGACGAGGACGAGCACUUCUGCGACAUCGUUCUGGACUGCUACUAAACCAACCAGCAUGCCGCUGCUGAUCGAUGCCGAUCAUCUCCCAUCGCUUUGCGAGCGGCCCCUGUCUGAGUCAUUAGCGCGCGA